CGCGGGCGCCCGUGGGUUGAAUUAACUGCGUAAAGUGAGGGUUCACUGCAUGUUUACAAAGACUGGAUUCACAAAUUUAUAGUUUAAGAGGGAUGAGAACAAUCUGCCCCAUGGAGGUUUGUCGGUGGAUUAUUUAUAGUAAAAAAAUUAUUUCCUUAUUUACAAAACACGUAGACUAGCAUCCAACCAACACCUGUGGAAUAUACUGUGUAGUACUGUACUACGUUGAUACCUACUUUUCAGUCUUGCAUGUUUUUCUUGCAAAGAUAAAGAAUGGAGUAAAUAUAUUGAGUAAAGCUUAAAUAGGGCAGCACAUGUUAACUAGUGUUACUCAUGCAGUACUGUACAGUACAGCUUGUUAAGGUAUAUCAAGUAAGACUAGGUGGAUAGUGCUGUUAGCAUCAUGGUAUCUUAUUGCACCUGGAGAUUUCCCUCUUUACUACUGUUUGUGAUAGCCUGUCAAAUGCUUUCUCUAAGUCUACAAAUACGAAGUGCAGCUUUCUUUUUUCCUCACCUGCAUCUCUGACAUAUCAGGCAUAGUGUGUGUGUUCUUGGCUAUAAAAUGAGAUUUUAGAGUCAAUUCUUCAUUUACGUUACAGUAAUGUUGUUUUUAUGUGAAACAAAUCUCAGUUGGUAUCAGUCAAAAUGGUAACAGGGUUUUGUUUGGCAUAAUUUUGUUUAUAACACAACUGAACUACAGUACUGUAUACAGUACAAUAUAUAGUGCUGUACAGUAAAGUACAAUAUUGAAAACGAAAUGAUUCUUAAUGCCAUUUUUAUUUUCAGUGGUUGAAUCGAGUUAGCUGGCAAGAUGUCAAAAAAUAACAAUACAAAUACUUUGAGUCUUAAGAUUGUGGCCAUUAAUUUGGCUGCAGGAGGAUCUGCCGGUUUUACAGAGAUAUGCAUCAUGCAUCCUCUAGAUGUUGUCAAAACAAGAUUUCAGAUUCAGACAACAGGUGUUCCAGGUGACCCAAACUACUAUACGUCAGUGUUUGAUUGUAUAAUGAAGAUGGCCAGAAAUGAAGGGCUAUUGUCUCUGUAUAAAGGUGUUUUGCCACCAGUACUAGUUGAAACACCAAAGCGAGCUGUUAAGUUUCUUACAUUUGAAAUCUACAAACAGCUGUUUGGUGGUCCAUCACCAACAACAUUUUUUCUGGCUGGCUUGGGAUCAGGAACAACUGAAGCCAUUCUUGUCAACCCUUUUGAGGUUGUAAAAGUUACACAACAAGCAAAUAGAGCACAGCAUAAAGUUUCUCCCAGCACUUGGGCAGUUGCUCGAGAGAUUAUAAGAACUCAAGGAUUGGGGUUUAGAGGCCUUAAUAAAGGCGUCACUGCUACCAUUGGGAGAAAUGGCCUCUUCAACAUGGUUUACUUUGCUUUCCACACAGUGAACACUCGAAUAACUCAACCUAAGGUAAAAUGGCAACAAAACCUUCAGAAAUUCUUCAUUGGGUUAGUGGCAGGUGUACUUGGAUGCUUGAUAAACAUUCCCUUUGAUGUUGCUAAGAGCAUCCAAGGGCCACAGCCAGUCCAGGGAGAGAUCAAGUACCGCUCAACAUUUGCCUCCAUUGCUCGUUAGAGGAAGGGCUUCCGUGCAUUGUACAAAGGUCUGGUGCCCAAGGUGUUGAGAUUGGGACCUGGAGCUGGUAUCAUGAUGAUUGUAUAUGAAAAUGUCCAUGGUUACCUUGUCAAGAGAUUCCCAGAUGAUUAAGAGAUGUUUUACCAUCACAGAAGCUUGAGGAAUGAGGAUGAAAAGCCAUCGGCUGUAGCAAGCUUCCAUAAGAUGAACUAGCCACAUGGUUGGAUGACUGAAAAAUUUUACCAACUUAACAAGAUUCCAAUGUAAUAAUAAUAGCUGGUUGUUUGUUUCUUAAAAAGCCAGUUCUUCCAGAUAAUUCACUGGCACUCAAAAUACUACAAAGUCAAGGACCGAUAAUAAAAAAGUAAAAAUACUACAGUGUACUUCAAAAAAAGAUCACAAAAAGUGAGUAUAUUCUUAAGUUGUAAUAUUUCCUAAACGCUAUAGUUCUUCAUCACUGUACUUUCUUCAGGAUCAUAAACUUUAAAAAAAGAAAGGUCUUGAAUUGUUUCUUAAAGGCCUCCACAGAAGUCAGUUGCUUCAUGGAUGCAGGCUGUAUAGGAAAAGGAUCGGGCAGCAAUAGAGCAUUCCUGUAUUGCUAUAGGCUCAAGGUGUGAGGGAUCAUCAUUACUAUGCAAAAUAAUUUCAGAACUUGUGGUCAGAGGAUUUAGUAGGUUGGAUAAAUACUGAGGAUCACCAAACAUAGGGUCUUAAAAAAACAUCAGGCAUAGUUUGAACUCUAUCCUAGCUUUAGUUGGAAGCCAGUGCAAUUAGAUUAAGAAUGGGGUAGUGGGAAUCCUCGGUAGGAGAGCAGAAAUAAGUCUGACAGGCCUGUUCAACUCUGUUUGAACUUUGUUCAGUAGAGACCCAUAAAGAAUUACAAUAGUCAACCCUAGACAAAAUAAAUGAAUGUAAUAGUGUCACAAACACUGUAUCCAAAAACUGUUUAACAGCAUAUAGAUUUCGAAUUUGAGAGUCGCAACUCUUAACCACUAAAUUUAUAUGCUCUUUAAAAUUUUGUUUUGAGUCAAAAUACACUCCAAGGACUGAGUUGUAGUUCCCAAAAGAGCCAAAAUCAUCUUUGCUGUCGCCUUCUAUUUCCUCGGAUGACGAUAGUUUCUCCUAGCCAUCCAAAUCUUCUUAUCAGACAUCAAUGAUUUAAUUUUCUCUUCAAUAUCCUCAACAUUUAUCAUUUGCACAUAAAGCUGUGUAUCAUCAGCAUAGAAAUGGUAGGCAACACCAGGAGCAUCCAGCAGGAAUGCAAGGACUACUGAUAUAGGCUGUAAACAGGAGUGGUCUCCAAAUUGGUCCCUGUGGGAUGCAAAAAUACAAAGGGUCUGAAAUGGUUACACUGACCAUCACACAUUGAGAUCACUCUGACAAAUAAGAUUCAAGCAGUGAGAGUGCAUCAUCACAGACACUGAAUGGCCCACCGUGUCAAAGGCUGCAGAGAGAUCCUGUAAGACCAGUCUGAGAAGCAUUCCAUGACCAUACCCAUGGCCAUUCUAACCCAGAUCCCUCCUCCUUUAAGUGCGUGCCUUGGGUACAAUUUGCCCCGAACAAUUCAGCCACCUGGAAUUAUUAUGACUUGGAGAGCACCUAAAUAUUUGCAGAAUUAUCCUACAUGCUGGUGUGGCUCCUAUGAAAAAGUUGCUGCUAUUUGCUCUGAUACCAAGAAUAUGGAUAAAGGAUUCACAAGUGCCAAUUUGAAAGGGAGGAAGAAAGAUGGAAAAUGGGAAUGUUGUUGUCAGUUUAAGGAUAAGAUAGUAGAGUAAUUUUGAUUGGAUGGUAAAUAUGGAAUUGAUGAAUGAGACAGACUUACACCUGAGGUUAUGUGCUUGUGGCCAAAUCUUUUUUUUUAGUUUUCCAGUGAUGCUUCCAUGGGCAACCAAAGCCAAGUGAUAAUGCUACUCUAAGUUUACAAUUCUCAAAAGGAAUCACACUCAUUGGGUAUCAUUGCAUCAUGUAGAAUUAACUUAAACAAUUAGAAAUACAGGUCAUCGUCACUUAACAUAUAUUUGUUUUAACGAAGUUGAUAGAUUGUGGAAUAAUUGUAAAACAAAGUCCAUAAUUUUUAUAAUAUAGUUUUUAAAUCGUGAGUUUUUAAUAAAGAUUUGCAGCUUUUCGUUCCUCUCAAGUUUGUUAACACCUGUAUGGCAUGGGGCUCCUCCACUAGCCCAUACCUUGGUAGACUCACUUGCUGUGUUUGUUUGUGUAGUUUCACCACCAAGCCUCGAUAUGCUACUGCUUCAUUUGACUAGUGAGUAGUGUUAUUGUGUUUAUGUUACUUGUAUAUAUAUUUUUUUUUCUGUAUAAUAAUUUUUGGUGAGUUUUAGGUACAAUAUUUUUUGCUUGGAACCUAUUUGUAACUUAUAACAUAGCAGUAGAAGGGAAAACAUGUUUCACUUAACAUAUUUUCACAUAAUACAUGUUUGGAAUGCACAUAUACGUGAUGUUAAAGUGGUAUCGCUGACGUACAAAAACCUAAAAGUUUAUUGAUAUAAACUUUAAAAAGUAGAUUGUUAUAAAUGCUAUUGAUAUACAGUAUAGUCUCAUUUUACCUGGUCAAUUAAACCCAUGGAGGUCUGCGUAUAACGCGAAACGCGUAAACAAAAUAACAACAUAUGGGAUUAAUUGAAAUAGAGACUGGGCAU